UCAGGACAUUGUAUUAAGCUGAUAGAGCUAGUCUCAAAACAAAGGAAAACAGAGCACUCAAGCCAGAACAACAACCUCAGCAAAUCUUUUAUGGAUUAACUCACACUGUAGUGAAACUUACAUAAGCAGGAAGUAGAAUGGUGGUUACCGUGGGCAAGGUCAGGGAAGCUGGAGUUGUUAACUAAAUUUGCAACAACGUGAAUAUACUUAGCACUACUGAAGUAUACACUGAAUUAACGCAUAAACUUCACAUCGACAGUUAAAUACGGUAAACUCAUAUUUACAGUUAAUAAGGUAAAAUUCAAACCAGCUCAACCACAGGGUGUCGCUGUCUACCAGAGAGUGAUUUCUCUCUUGGAAAGAAAACACCCUGAGUUCUUUGUUACUCCAGAUAAAACGACAGGAGAAGCAGGAGGAUUUGAGUAGGUGUUAGACCUUUUAUUUAAUUUAAAAAAAAUGAUCGUUUAAUUUGACCAACUCACGGAGGACUAGAAGUGAUGCCUUCUUUGAGAGGGGGCCCAGAGGUCAGGCAGUGUCUGCUGCUCUUGCUUCCUUUCCUCGCAGCCUGGGAGGCAGGGAGCGGCCAGCUUCAUUACUCCGUUCCAGAAGAGGCCAAACACGGUACCUUCGUGGGCCGCAUCGCGCAGGACCUGGGGCUGGAGCUGGCGGAGCUGGUGCCUCGCCUGUUCAGGGUGGCGUCCAAGGACCGCGGGGACCUUCUGGAGGUAAAUCUGCAGAAUGGCAUUUUGUUUGUGAAUUCUCGGAUCGACCGGGAGGAGCUGUGUGGGCAGAGAGCGGAGUGCAGCAUCCACCUGGAGGUGAUCGUGGACAGGCCGCUGCAGGUUUUCCACGUGGAGGUGGAGGUGAAGGACAUUAACGACAACCCACCUCUAUUUCCAAUGACAGAAAAAAUUAUCCAGUUUUCCGAAUCUAGGGUGCUUCACUCGCGGUUUCCUUUAGAGGGAGCAUCUGAUGCAGAUAUUGGAGUGAAUGCUCUUCUGUCCUACAAGCUCAGCCCCAGCGAGUUUUUCUUUCUAGAUGUACAAACGAGUGAUGAACUAAGCCAAUCUCUGUUUCUUGUGCUGGGGAAAUCUCUGGACAGAGAGGAGAAUGCGGAGGUGAAAUUGUUACUGGUAGCUACCGACGGAGGCAAGCCUGAACUCACGGGCACUGUUCAAAUACUCAUUAAGGUGUUAGAUGUGAAUGACAACGAACCUACUUUCCCCCAGUCAGUUUACAAAGUGCCGCUGUUAGAGAACACUGCAAACGGAACCCUGGUGAUUAAAUUAAACGCUUCUGAUGCAGAUGAAGGAGCGAACAGUGAGAUUGUGUAUUCACUCAGUAGUGAUGUGUCUUCCACCACACGGACAAAGUUUCAAAUAGAUGCAAACUCAGGAGAAAUCAGAACUACGGGAGAAUUAGAUUAUGAAGAAAAGACAUCGUAUGAAAUCCAGAUCAUUGCAUCUGACAAAGGAACCCCGUCAAUGUCAGGGCAUUGUAAAAUUUCAGUAAAACUUAUGGAUAUCAAUGACAACACGCCGGAAGUCUCAAUAACGUCUCUUUCACUACCUGUCCAAGAGAAUGCUCCACUGGGUGCUGUCAUCGCCCUCAUCUCAGUGUCAGAUCGUGACUCAGGAAUCAACGGGCAGGUGACCUGCUCCCUAAGUCCUCACCUCCCCUUCAAGCUGGUGUCCACUUUCAAGAACUACUAUUCGCUCGUGCUGGACAGCGCUUUGGACCGGGAAACCACAGCUGAGUAUAAGGUAAUGGUGACAGCCCGGGACGGGGGCUCACCUUCGCUGCAGGCCACGGCUACCGUUUCUGUGGAGGUGGCUGACGUGAACGAUAAUGCGCCCCUGUUCGCGCAGCCUGAAUACACGGUGUUCGUGAAGGAGAACAAUCCACCCGGCGCACACAUCUUUACAGUGUCGGCGGUGGAUGCAGAUGCACAGGAGAACGCGUUGGUGUCUUAUUCGUUGGUGGAGCGGAGGAUGGGUGAACGCUUGCUGUCGAGCUAUGUGUCUGUGCACGCGGAGAGCGGCAAGGUGUUCGCGCUGCAGCCUCUGGACCACGAGGAGCUGGAGUUGCUGCAGUUCCAGGUGAGCGCGCGGGAUGCUGGUGUGCCUGCCCUGGGCAGCAAUGUGACUCUGCAGGUGUUUGUGCUGGAUGAGAAUGACAAUGUUCCCACGCUGCUGCCUCACGGAGCUGUGGGAGUUGGCGGCUCAGUUAGUGAGCUUGUGCCUAGGUCAGUAGGUUCGGGUCAUGUGGUCACCAAGGUGCGUGCAGUGGAUGCAGACUCUGGUUACAAUGCGUGGCUGUCAUAUGAACUGCAACCCACAGUUGGCACACGUAUCCCGUUCCGCGUGGGUCUGUAUACGGGUGAAAUCAGCACCACGCGCGCCUUAGAUGAAGUGGAUGCGCUGCGCCAUCGCCUACUAGUGUUGGUGAAGGACCAUGGUGAGCCUGCGCUAACUGCCACAGCCACAGUGUUACUUUCUCUAGUUGAGAAUGGGCAAGCUCCAAAAACGUCAUCAAGAGCGUUGGUAGAUGCCGCUGGCCAAGAGACAUCUCUGGUGACUGUUAAUGUGUAUCUGAUCAUCGCCAUCUGUGCAGUGUCCAGCCUCUUAGUGCUCACCCUGCUGCUGUACACCGCGCUGCGCUGCUCGGCGAUGCCCACCAAUGGAGCCUGUGCUCCGGGGAAGCCCAUGCUGGUGUGCUCCAGUGCGGUGGGAAGCUGGUCGUACUCGCAGCAGAGGCGACAGAGGGUGUGCUCUGGAGAGGGCCCACCUAAGACUGAUCUCAUGGCCUUCAGCCCCAGUCUAUCCCAAGGUCCAGAAUCAGCAGAAGAGAGACAACCACCCUUAGAGGCCGAACACUUAGGAAAGGUAGGUCUUUAAUUUUUUUCUUGUUAAGAAGAUCAUUAUUUCUAUAUUGGUUAUGAUUUCUAUUCAUUACUUAGACCCAAAGCUAUACUUUCAUUUUGUAUCACUGUGCUGUCAUGAGAUGCUGUCAUGAGUAUCAAAUUCUUGCACAUUGAACAGUUCUCUUAAACACCUUACUUUCAUAGUUAGGUUCAUAACUAAAUCUAUGUGUGAAUAACUGGACCUUGAAUCAUUGAAAAAAUGGGAAAUCUGAUAUUUAUUUAUAAUCGUGGGUGUGCAUGAUGUUGGUGUGUGGUUGUAGCCCUACAGUGUGUGUGGGCCUCAAGGACAACUUUGUGUAGGUGGUUCUCUCUACCUUUUGUGGGUUGGAGUUUGAACUUUUAAUUCCAGCCCAAUGAGUGUGAUGAAGCAUGCCUUUAAAUUGUAGCAUUUGGGAGGCAGAGGCAGGUGGAUCACUGUGAGCUCCAGUGUAGCCUGACCUACUCAUCAAGUUCCAUGCCAAUAGGGCUGAAUAGUUAGACUUUGUCUGAAUACAAAUUGGGUGGCCAAACAUCCAGGUCUUUCCCCAUUCUUUAUGAAAGUGAAGAGUAUUGGUCAAACAGUCAGCAUCCUUAGGUUAAUUCAUGUGAAUUCCUUCUGUGAACAUGCAGGCCACCUCUCAUUCUAAGCCGAUUUACACUUCCCAUCAUCCUGACUUACCCUUUUAUCUGGCUAGUUUGUUUCUUCUGGAACUGGAGUUUGCCCAAAAUAGAAGGCCUGGCUUGUAUGGCUGCAUUUCCACCAGAAAAUCUUGAAGUGGAUAUUUAAGACAUAGGACCUGACCAGUGAAUGCUACACAUGUGAAGGAUCUCUUUUUCCCCAUCCAAAGAAAGAUGUAUUUAGGUGAGGUACCUGUCUAAAACUGUUUUCUGGCACUUAAUCAUUUGCUGCCUUUCAGCGGAUUCAUGAGCACAUUGAUGAACUAACUUCAUUACUACACUAAGUGAUCUUAGCCUCAGCCAUUGCUUACACCAUCCAAGUCAGUCCGGGAAUCUGAUUGUAUCAGAGUUGACAAUUUGGUGGGUGUAUCUUGAACUUUAAGUAGACUCUACUCCUAGUGGAAUCCUAUAAUCUUCCCAGAGCUGAUAGGUCUUAAUAUUAGAAGUGCAUUAUUUCCUUGAAAACGAGAAAAGUUCUCCAUAAAUUUGAAGUCCACAAUGUUUUACAAUUUGUAUUUCAUUUUCAAAUUAACCUUCUAAGAUAUGAUCAUCAGAGUGAUAUCUACAGUGGACCCUUAGACACACACUGUUCUCUUAGAAACACACUGUUCAGAAACAAGAUGACUGACUGCUCUUACAGAGGACCUGCAUUUGGUUCCUGUGAGCCACCCUGUGACUUACAACCACCCAUAACUCCAGUUGGCCCCUUAGGCACCAAGCCUGCAUAUGCAUAGACAAAGGCAAAUCACUCAUACAUAUAAAAUAAAAAAUCUUUUAAAACAUAAUUUUAGAUUAGGGGGAGAGCAGAAGGGGAGGGCGCUUGCCCCAUAAUGGAUGAGGUCAGGCAUGGUGGUGCAUUUUAGCCCAGGACUCAGGAGGCAGUGGUAGGUAGAUCUCUGAGUUUGAGGCUACCCUGGUCUACAAAGUGAGUUCCAGCCAGAAAUAUACAAUGAGGCCCUGACUCAAAACAAAACCCCAAUAGUAAAACUACUAUAAUGGAUGAGAAGUCCUCAGUUCAGUCCCUAGCACUGAGAAGAACAAAGACA